AUGGCGCUGAGCCCCGAGCCAGCGAGCGGGUUCCCCGUGCUGGCUGCGACGGGCAGCACCGUCCCCGAGCUGUCGGGCGCCCCCGACGCCUCCCCCAACGGCUCAUGGGCCAGCCCGACGGAGCCCAGCUCCCUGGAGGACCUGGUGGCCACCGGUGCCAUCGGGGCAGUGCUCUCAGCCAUGGGCGUGGUGGGCGUGGCAGGCAACGCGUACACGCUGGUGGUCAUGUGCCGCUUCCUGCACGCCUCGGCCUCCAUGUACGUGUACGUCAUCAACCUGGCGCUGGCUGACCUCCUGUACCUGCUCAGCAUCCCCUUCAUCGUGGCCACCUACGUCACCAAGGAGUGGCACUUUGGCGACGUGGGCUGCCGCGUCCUCUUCAGCCUGGACUUCCUGACCAUGCACGCCAGCAUCUUCACGCUGACCGUCAUGAGCAGUGAGCGCUACGCCGCGGUGCUGAGGCCGCUGGACACGGCGCAGCGCUCCAAGGGCUACCGCAAGGUCCUAGCGCUGGGCACGUGGCUGCUGGCGCUGCUGCUGGCGCUGCCCAUGAUGCUGGCCAUCCGGCUGGUCCACAGGGGCCACAAGAGCCUCUGCCUGCCGGUCUGGGGCCAGCGUGCCCACCGCGCCUACCUGACGCUGCUCUUCGGGACCAGCAUCGUGGGGCCCGGCGUGGUCAUCGGGCUGCUGUACGUGCGCCUGGCGCGGGCCUACUGGCUGUCCCAGCGGGCCUCCUUCGCUCAGACGCGGCGGCUGCCCAACCCCAGGGUGCUCUACCUCAUCCUGGGCAUCGUGCUGCUCUUCUGGGCCUGCUUCCUGCCCUUCUGGCUGUGGCAGCUCCUCGCCCAGUACCGGGGGGCCCAGCCGCUCACGCCCCGCACGGCGCGCAUCGUCAACUACCUGACCACCUGCCUCACCUACGGCAACAGCUGCGUCAACCCCUUCCUCUACACGCUGCUCACCAAGAACUACCGCGAGUACCGCCAGCGCUCGCUGCGCGCCAGGGCCGCCCGUGGGCCCGUGCGCGCCGGCCACUUCCCGCGGUGCCGUGUCCGCUUCCACCGGGGCUCCGGCCACUCGCUGUCCUCCAGUGGCCAGCAGGCCACGGAGACCGCCGCCGCGUCCCAGGCGGCCCCGACAGUGCUGUGCGCCUGAGGGGCCCGGGCCCCACGUGACACUGGGGUCCGAGGUCCGAGGUGGCUGGAGUCCCGCAGUGAAGGGCCCCAGAAUGCAGGCUGCCCUUCGAGCCCCUCCUAGCCCAUCAGCCCCGUUACUUAGUCUUCUUCCAGAAACUUUCCUGCUCUCCUUUCUGCAUCAAAAGGAGCAUCAGCCUCAGCAGCCCGGAAGCCCCACUGCCGGGCCCUUGAGGAGGG